AAAAUUGCCACCAUUGCUUCUUCCGCUGCUUGAAGUUAAGAGGUCAUGACAAGUCUUCGGAUUGUGAUUGUCUUAGCCCUAGCCACGGAUGUAAACAUAUUUGCCAGGGUCCAGUUCACAAUGCUGAACAACGGCACAGAUGUCAGCAGCUGUGCGGUGAGAAAGCUGGACACGAGGACUUUGAAGAGGUUGCUUAUGGUUAUCAACACCUUUGUGAGGCAUACGAAGAGCCCGGCAGGCACAUGUGCCGAUUGCAAUGUGAUCUAGCAUCAUCAAGGACGUGUCACAAGGAGUGUGUUCUAUUCAUCGAUCACCCUAAUAUGCACCGCUGUACUCUACCAACUGAGGAGCAUCUCUGUAGUUCACAAUGCCUUCUCAGCUCCCACCCGAUCAGUCCUAGCACUGAAAGCGGAUUUGUUCAUCCUUCAUGCGCAUCACCAAUCAUUGCUGACCACACUCAUCUCUGUGGCAAAGAGCACAAAUGCGUAGCUCUUUGUGACGACGCAGGUGGUAUAUGCGAAAUCAGCCGAGAGCCCCUUGAUGGAGGUGCAUGGAAGCUUGAAGCUGGCCGUGAUGGCUAUCGACUUCAAUGCAUGAUCGUUAUACCAGCCAACCUGACUAAUCACACUGCAGAUGUCACUCACCACUGUGGAAAGGUUCACAGAUGCGGAGUCGUGUGCCCUAUUUGCAGCUGUUGCUGUGACAAAGAAGUAAACCAUGACGGCCUGCACUCCAUCGGAGAACACGGACAAGUCGUCAAUGCUACAGCGGUUCGGCAGAUGGAGACGAGAGAUCUAGGCAGUCUUGGAUCAGAUCUAACUUGCAAACAGCUCUGUAUCUCUGAAGGACGAGGACACAUUCACGUAUUGACAACCAGAGACAGUGCUGUCCAGAGGAAGAAUGCUGGUGAAGUCGAUCACAGUCGCUUUUGGUCUCACUUCGACUUUGAGGACCCGUGCAGCAGUGAUACUGAUCGAGAUAUCUUCGGUCGAUGCUCAGCAUACUGCCACGACUGCAUACCUGUGGACUGUGAGGAUUCAAGCAGUGGCAUUCAGUAUGACGACCACUCUGCUGGACUCACCUACUGCACUGAAGCAGUGCUACACGGCAGAUUAACUGGUCCAAAAAACAACUCCGGUGGCUACACCAGUAUUGAGAGAGACUACCAGCAGUCAGGAACACUACCUGGUCAUCACUUUCUCUGCCGAAAGCAGCACACAUGCCAUGGAAGAUGUGAAUGUGCUGCUGGAAAUGAGCAGUGCAGUGAGCAAUGCCGGAAAGUGAUCUCUCACGACGGCACGUGUUCAUGUGGAAAGUUCCAUCGAUGUGGCGACACGUGCAGCAUCAAGAAGACCUCACGAGAUGAGACAAUCAAUUGCACCAAGCAAUGCAACGAGUCAUCUGAGAAAAUUGAUCACAUAUGCUACUGCGACGACACAAAGUGCCAUGCGGUAUGUAACAUCCAAGAGUGCAGAAAUCAAUGCAAUCUUCAUCAUCAGCAUGAAGGCGAUCUGCAUGACUGUGAACAGGAGCAUACUUGUGCUGCACCAUGUCAAGAUGAUGGUCGUUGUGAGCAGCAGAAGCAGCCAGUAGAAGCCGUUGAUGGACAAAGUGUUCCACAGGCAGAACAUGCAGGGCAGGCAGGUAUCUCGAAGAAGCUCACGUGCAACAUUCCGCUGAAACGUGGAGAUCGCAGUCAUACAGGAUCUCACUCUUGCAAAGGUAUCCAUCUGUGUAUGGACACAUGCCCUCAUUGUGCAGCGCCAUGUUUUCUUCAAGUCAAUCACACAACGCUUGUGCAUGAGGCAAACCAUAAACCCUUCACAAGCGGAAGGGGGUUGCAGAUAUUCUACGGCGACACGCGGCCAGUUCCAACCUCGCAACGGACGACCUGUGCUACUGCUUGCAAUACUGCUGGUGCUGGUCAUUUUCAUGUGCUUGGAAAGUGCGAAAACAUGGCACGUUGCACAGUGGACCCCGGUCGAAUACAGCAUUACCAGGGGCAAAGGCAGCGUCUGCAUGUUGCGUCUCACGCCACAUUCUGGCAAUCAAUAUCAUACAAAGAUCCCUACUCUGACAAGGAAGUUUCUUUCUUCCAGUCCUGCCAUGUGCAAUGCACUAAAGGGCAUGGUAAAGAGGACAGACCUCACUGUGCUGGAGAGAUGUGGCAUGCAUCAUACCGUAUGCAAAGGACAGGCUAUGUCAUGGGCGUACAUGAUAAGCUACAGCGGACCACCGUCUUUCAUUUCUUUGAGAAGGAUCAGCAUAAGUGCACCCAGAGCUGCUCAAUUCGCAAUGCAGGAAGUCUUUGCAAUCGUGGAUGCAAGAAGCAGAUUCAGCAUAACUGCUCCCCUCGGUGUAAGGCCGAUUGCCCAGGAACUGGUGACCCCAGACACUUUGAAGGUUUUCCACAGCAUCAUUGUUUCGAAGAACAUGAUUGUGGAGAGUUUUGUGACAGCUCUCAUCCCGGUGUUUGCUUUCUUGCAUCAACUGACAGCCCUGCUCCAGUCGGAAGCCGACUUAUACGUCAGAACAGCAAUGCCUACAGCUUGAAGUGCAGUGUGGCAUAUCCUGUGGGCCAGUCCGAUCAUCGAAAGCGACAAAAGUCUCACAGCUGCGGUAGAGAGCACACCUGUGAGAAGUUCUGCCCCCUGUGUGAGCGCUACUGCAGAUUGCGAUACGCUCACUCAGAUCCCUGCGAAACAGACCAUGGCUUUGUGAUGAAUACCGAGAAGACAGUUAUUACCAAGCAGGAUGGCAACAGAGUAAAACUGCCAGACCCAGGUCAACAACAAACCUGUAGUGAGAUUUGCAAUGCUGCCGGUCCGUCACACUCACACCAGGUGGAGUGCAGCUGCACGACACAAUUUGUUGUCUCACAGCCCCAGCCUUUCCACAAGCAUAAGUGGACUACUAGCCAAGUCACCACGUACGACUUGACAUCACAUCGCGUCUUCUGGGAAAAGAAUGGAUUUCAAGAUCCGUAUGUCUCAAGAGCAGACAUGGGUGAAGACUUCUCCAGGUGCGGUGCUCAGUGUAACCAUCAGCUAGAUGUGAAUGCAGUUGACAAAGCUGAGGCGUCCAAGUGCUAUUUGGAGCUAUACCAUCCAUCGGUAAACAUUCUUGUAUACAAGGACAAGGUGGGUCACAUUGAAUUCGAGAAUACACUUGGUAGGGCAGGUUUGAAGCCCGCGCAUUACUUUCAGUGUGAACACCAGUGCCUACACCGAUGUGACAAGAGAGACAACGGAGAACAGUGCAAAGGACAAUGCAAGCAUCAAGCUGGUCACCAAGCACAUGGAAUCAACCAAUGUGAGUGCACCAAGCCGCAUCAUUCUCUACGAGUAAGAGCCAUUCACUGAGGCAGGCAUUCCAUACCACGCCGCUACUGGUAGUCAAAAGAAUAGUCAAGAGUUCUGGUAGGAGCUGCACUUCCCCGAUCCUGCAUUGAGCUUAGUCGCAUCUGCUCAUCCACUGGUGUUCAACCUGUACAAUGAGAUAUACGAUGAUGGACAGCUACAGGCAUUCUGCAACCUAGGUGUGCUCCACAGUAUUUAUGAUACUCCGCCUAACCUCAGCAGGGAACACCAAGGAUAUUUCUUGGAGAACUGUCAGAAUCUCUGCAGGGUGCCCUGGCUUUUCAACAGUGCAUAUGGUGCCAUGGGAAUGUGCUUGAAGCACAGCGUACAAAAGACAGCCAGCGUGUACCAGCAAAACGUGUCUGGAAUGAGCCUAAGCGGGGAAGCACUGCAAGCAGCGAGUGAAAUGAACAUGUCAGGUUGAACUAAUGCCUGCAGGAAGCUAUGCGCUCUAUGCAGAGUGCCGCCCUGCACCCCUGCAGUUUGCCAAUUCAUGAUGAUAGUCAACCACAUGACUGCAAUCAUGACUGGAACCCUUCUGACCACGCGGCGCGAGGUGUGGUUUAAGACACAUGUCGGCCAUGAUGACAUGGUAUAGGCGACAAGACGUGUGCCACACUUUCCAAGUUGCCAGGACCCGACCGCAGCAACAUCUACUAUGACCGCAAACGGAGAUCUCCAAAUGUGUUGCAAGCACAAGCACGAAGCCGACGGCAGUCGUAUCAACAAAGGUGUGAACCAUGAAGAGUCCUGGGCUUUGAUGGGAUUUGCUCCGCCUUGCUAAGUCCAUGCCAGAGGAAGAUUAAGAUUGCUUCAUUACGCCGUGCUGGAUAGACCCAUGGUUACGCUGACAGACACGCUCCCACUCUGGAUCACCUGCGUCGUGGAGAAGCUCCGUCACCCGUAGUCUCGAUAUUGAAGUUCUUAGUCCUGUUCGGCUUCACAAGACAGUGUGACAAUGACAAUGUAUGGAUGCAUGCGCGUAUCAAGCUAUUUUAUUUAUUAUAUAUUUUAUUAUAUCUGCCACCGGCCUUGGUCCUUGUCAGUAUUGGUUAUUUAUUUCCUCACUCAACCGCAUACAGUACUAGUAGACUCAAUUCAAUGCUGUACAGUCAGCUAGCUAUAUCUAGUCAUGAUCAGUACAGUGCAGCUAGACCCAGUUCAUACACAUGAUUGUAUUCGCAUGUUGUGCAAGCAUCGGAAACUAUUCAGACCCGGAAUUUGUGUGCAACAUUUACACCUGGAAUUCUUCCAGCUGUGCCCGACUAGAUGUUUUGGGUCACCGAUUUUGUUUCUAAAUUCACGGAUAACAGAGAAAUCUGCUCCGGUAUAGGUUGAAGUAACUGGGUGUGUAUUUUGUAUGUAUCUCUUUCUAAUUAUUGCAUACCAAUGGUUGGGCUUGAAUGAACCAAUGACUAAGAUGAUAAUUAUGGCAAGUUUAGGGCCCGGUGUA